CGACCUCAGCGCAGAGCAUCCUCAGCCCGAGCACCAGGAAAUCGUGCCAGGCUGGGGCAGAGGCUGUCAGGGAGCGCUGUGGGCGGCUUCCUCACUGUCACUCCUCCUCUUCCCUGUGUGUCUGUGUCUCACCCUCAGAUCGUGGCUCUCUCUCCAAGCUGUGAGCUCUCUGCAUAUCCCUGGCAGCAGGAAGAGGCGGUGCCGGCUCCCAAGGAAAGCCAGAUAACGUCAUUAUGGAAGUGGACAUUAACGGAGAUAACAGGACUAAUAUUUCACCCAUAGCCGUGCCUAAUGCAAUAGAGCGGAAUUCGCCAGUAAAGGUAGAUGGAGAGAAACCUCGCUGCUCCAGCACCCCCUGCUCUCCAAUUCGUAGAACAGUGUCAGGGUACAAAAUUCUACAUAUGGAUUCCAAUUACCUCGUGGGCUUUACUACUGGGGAGGAGCUCUUAAAGUUAGCUCACAAAUGUACAUCAACAGAAGAGAAUUCUGGGGAAUCCUUGUCAACCUUUCGUUCCAAGCAGCAUGAUACUGGACUUUCACGUUCUUCUCGGAUAUACAAAGCUAGAGGACGACAUUACCAGCCAUAUGAAAUUCCAGCGGUCAAUGGAAGGAGAAGACGGAGAAUGCCCAGCUCAGGAGAUAAGUGCAAUAAAGUUAUUCCUUAUGAGUCCUAUAAGCCUAUUCAUGGUCCUUUGCCUGUUUGCCUUCUCAAGGGAAAGAGAGUACAUUCAAAGUCCUUGGACUACCUCAAUUUAGAUAAAAUGAACAUCAAGGAGUCAGCAGACACAGAAGUUUUACAAUACCAGCUUCAGCAUCUAACUUUGAGAGGGGAUCGAGUGUUUGCCAGAAAUAAUACCUGAAGAGUUUUGGAGUGUGUUUAGUUAGCAUCUGUCUGAGUUGUUGCACUGGAAGAAAACUCUUUGGAAACAAAUACAAUUUAAAAAAAAAAAAAACAUAAAAAAAAAUGAUAGAUAUGGUAAUACGUGUGUUGGGUUUAAGUUGCAUUGGUAGCAACAUGAAUGGGGGUAGAAAAAGCACUGCAAACAUUUAUCUACAACCACGCACCUUGCGGAAGACUGAAUUCUCUUUGUAUCUCCUGGUAGUAAAGGUUCGAUUAGAUGGAAACAAUUGGUACAACGGAAAGUUCUUUUGGAUUUAUA